AUGAAUGAACAGGUGUUGCAGGAGAGUCUGGUCAUCCCGGGUUCGCACCUGCAUCUGGUCUAUCACAGCAGCUAUAGCCAGGGCUACCUGUCCACCAUCAACGUACAGCUCACCCCCUCAUCCAUACCCAAAAGCCUACGUCUAGUGCUCUUACGGAUUGUCAUCGAAGGCAUACUGUUUGAGAAGACCUUCGAAGCGGAUCCAGACAUCAAAUACACCUACUCUUGGAAUAAACGGAAUAUUUAUAAGCAAAAAGUCUAUGGCAUUACUGUUGCCAAAGUGUUUGUCGGAUAUCAGUAUAAGGACUGCAAACAAACGGUGUGGACAGCGCUGUCGACUACACUGCGGGGCUAUGAUAUGGACAUCUCUGAGUUCGGGUCCUGGAAUCUGGACAUUCAUCACAGAUAUAACUUUCAUGAGGGAGUCCUCCAGAAGGGCGACGGAACCACUGUUUUCUUCAAACAACAGCCAAGAGUUAUAUCGGUUUUGAUGGGCAACGGUUUGCCACGGAAUAUGAUUUGCGGCAAAGAGUGCAAUGGUUUUGCCAGAGAUAAUCGACUCCUGGCGCCCAUUGCGCUCACCAGCGGCCCCGACGGCAGCGUAUAUGUGGGCGACGCCAACCUUAUUAGGCGUAUAACACCCGACAGACAGGUGUACACUGUAUUCAAGCAUAAAAAUCUCCGCAAUUCAUAUCAGUAUCACAUUAUGUUGAGCCCAAUCGAUGGUCACCUCUAUAUCUCUGAUCCCGAGAGACACCAAAUACUUAGAAUUCACUCACUGGACAAAGUGGAGGACCCGGAGAACAACCUGGACGUAGUUGUGGGCAACGGUGACCGCUGUUUCCCACACGACCCGCUCAAAUGCGGUGACGGCAAACCGGCGCCCGAAGCGCGGCUCAUAUACCCCAAGGGUAUGGCGUUCGCCACCGACGGCACCCUGUAUUUCGCCGACGGAAACAGUAUACGAGUUGUGGACAAUCACGGCAUCGUUCACACCAUUAUAAACCGGCGCCCGAAGCGCGGCUCAUAUACCCCAAGGAUCAAACUUCAUUGGCCGACACACGUGGGCAUCAAUCCGUUGGAGGGCUCUCUAUAUUUCAUCGACGAUCAUAUGGUGUUGAAGCUGACACCCGACCGGCGAGUGAUGGUCAUAGCGGGCAGUCCUGCCUAUUGUAAGACAUCGGAUGGCAAUGAUUUCAAUAACCAAACGAAUGGACGCAUUAAUAACAGCCAUGAGAUGGGCUUUUUUGCCAACUUUGCUUUCGGACCGACCGGAAUCCUUUACGUGACAGAAGUGUCUGAAAGUGGCGUCAAUAGAGUGCGAGCCCUCACACAAGACGGAGAGCUCAUCCAUUUUGCCGGCAAAAAGACUAUUACGAGACACUCGUGUCCGGUCGAGAUGUGCCGCGAUAUCAACGCCCAGAACUGUACCUGUGCUGUACCCCCGAUGUCCGCACUCACCCCCAGCCCUAACGAGUUUGAGGUAUGCGAUUAG